UUCUGAUGAAUAUUGGCUUGGUAAAAUGCCUGUCUGUGCUGAUUUUGGUUUGUGUUCGUCAAGCCCAUGUAAAAAUGGAGGGACUUGUACAGACCUUCCCGGUGGAUAUUCUUGUGCCUGUGCUGAAGGGUGGAAGGGUAAAUCCUGUGAAGAGAUAAAGUCAUGUAAGACCAGUAAAUGGGACGAAUGUGGGUGUUCUUUAGGAGAGUGGAAAGAAUGGGUUGAUUGUAGCGAGUCGUGUAAUGGUUACACCUACAGAUUAAGAUCCAUCUGGCUCUACCAGAACAAAGCAGGAUGUCCUUUUGUAUUUGAAACUUGUGCACCUACUGAAUGCGGAUAUGAGCUUGAUUUUUGUAACACUGAUUCGUGUCAGAAUGGUGGACUGACAACUUACAAGCAAUGUUUAUGUACAGGGGGACACACUGGACAAUGCUGUGAUGAAGCUGUGACUUGCCCUGAUCCUACUCCAGCCAAUGGCUUUGUUUCGGACAGUCUGACCGAUUAUGGUUCCUGCGUAGAUUUCUGGUGUGAUGAAGGUUACAAACUAGAUGGAUCAUCCCAUAGCUGUUGUCAUGCCGAUGGUAAAUGGUCUGGUGAAAGGCAGUGUGUUGGAAUUGUAUGUCCAGCUUUUGAUAUGGUCAAUGGAGCAAUAUCAGUCAGUGAUGGAGUCAAUUAUGGAAGUACAGCUACUGUAUCAUGUAACACGGGAUACAAUUUGAAUGGAAAUAGUACAGCUACUUGUGGGGGAGGAGGUGUAUGGUCUGCACCUAAACCUGAGUGUGAAAGAAUUGUAUGUCCAGCCUUUGAUAUGGUCAAUGGUGCAAUAUCAGUCAGUGAUGGAGUCAAUUAUGGAAGUACAGCUUCUAUUGCAUGUAACACCGGAUACAAUUUGAAAGGAGCCAGUACAGCGACAUGUGGGGACGGAGGUGUAUGGUCUGCUCCUAAACCUGUCUGUGAAAUUGUCACCUGUCCAAAGCAUACAAUUGACCAUGGAACAGUUACUGGGACUGCUGCAACCUAUGGACAUGACAUUAGUUAUAAAUGUGAUGAUGGUUACCAGCUGGCGGGGGAUCACAUUAGAAAAUGUGGAGCUGAUGGUCUGUGGACUGGAGUAGAAGCUACAUGUCAAGACAUUGAUGAGUGUGCCACUAUACCAUGUCAGAAUGGAGCCCAGUGUAAUAACGAGAUCAAUGCAUACACUUGUACUUGUGUUGAUGGGUUCGCAGGCGUACACUGUGAAGAAAAUAUCAAUGAAUGUGCCUCCGCACCCUGUAAGAAUGGAGCUACCUGUAACGACCAGGUGAAUGGAUAUACAUGUACUUGUGUUGUUGGUUAUACAGGAACACUGUGUGAAGCUGGUUACUGGUUAGUAUACUUAGAUAUACCUGUACCUGUGUUGUUGGUUAUACAGGAACACUGUGUGAAGCUGGUUAGUAUACUUAGAUAUACAUGUACUUGUGUUGUUGGUUAUACAGGAACACUGUGUGAAGCUGAAAUAUCAUGUAACAAACUGGACAUAGUGCCUCAUGUGACAGUCCUGACUAGUGGUAUAGAGGUCGGAGAGUCAGUAACAUAUGCAUGUGAACAUGGCUACCAGUUGACUGCAGGAAACUUAAUGAGAACCUGCCAGCUAGCACCCUCCUGGAGUGGAAUACCUCCAGUAUGUUCUAUGAUACCUUGUGCUGAUCCCACCACCAUCCUCAACGGACAUUUCACCAAGUUAGACUCUCCCGUAAUGCCAGGAAGUCAGGUAACAUAUACAUGUGACAUCGGUUAUCAGCUUGAGAAUGGCCAUUCUACUAUGCAUUGUGAUGUGGGAGGUCUCUUCUCUGGUGCUCUGCCUGUUUGUACUGAUAUUGACUAUUGUAUUGGUGUAAGUUGUAAGAAUGGAGGCACAUGCCGUGAUCAGCUGACAGACUUCAUUUGUGAUUGCACUGGAAAUUACUAUGGCAAACUUUGUCAGAACUUGGAUGGAGGAUGGACAGAGUAUUCUGAUUGGUCUGUAUGUUCCACCACUUGUGGAGAGGGAAUACAGAUUGCCACACGUACUUGUACUAAUCCUGCGCCAGAAAUGGGGGGAGAGGAAUGUAGUGGUGAUGAGAAGUCAACUAAAGAAUGUAAACUAACGGAAUGUACACUGCCACCAAAGACAGAUGAAGAUUUCUGUGUUGGUAAAGUGAGUGGAUUCUACGCCCACCCGACAGAUUGUGCAGCAUAUUACGUGUGUCAUGAUGAUACUGAACGAACGGCACUUGAAUAUUGUGGAGUAGGAACUUAUUGGAGUCAGAGUUUCAAGGUCUGUGCAGAUCCUACAAUAACAGAGAUUGAAUGUUUUGGUGGAGUUGGAACUUAUGGCAGUGAAGAUACAAUAGAGUCAGAUUGUAGUACGAUUCAGAAUGGUUACCUUCCUGAUCCUGACGAUUGCUCAAGUUUUAUACAGUGUGCUCAUGGUGUUAGUUACCCACAGAAGUGUCCUACUGGAUUACAAUGGAGAAAUAGUCUACUUGUUUGUGACUUACCACAAAAUGUUGGAUGUACCAUUGAGCCCGUUGAUGGAGGAUGGACAGACUGGUCUGAUUGGAGUGAUUGUUCUGUUUCAUGUGGUCAAGGAGGAACAAAGUCUAAGGCUAGAACAUGUACCAACCCUGCUAAAAAGGGGACUGGUGCUGAUUGUAAUGGAGAGAAUAUUGAGACUGUAGCAUGUGAAGGGUAUCUUUGUCAAGCGGGUAAAUGUGUGAUACAAGCAUGUGCAAGUUGGCAGUAUUCCAAAAAGGAAUGUACAGUGACUGGUAUGAUUGCUGAUAGUAUGAUUUACUCCAUGGAACCAGAUAAUUUACCUGUCUGGAUGAAGUAUUUGUGUUCUGCUGAACAUUAUGGUUUCACCCCUCGUCAAGGAAUCUGGGUAACUCAGGGCUGCAGAGCUGAUUUCAGUGUCUGCUUUAUUGAAGAAUAUAAUGAUUGUACCUCUAGUCCCUGUCAGAAUGGAGGAACAUGCAAUGAUGGUGAGGCCAGCUACACAUGUACUUGUCCUGGUCCAUAUGAGGGAACCAAUUGUGAAAAUAUGGUUCCAUGUUCUACUCCUGGAGAUGUCUUGCAUGCCUCAAAGACUAUUGCUGGACUAGCUGUUGGUCAGACGGUCAAGUAUCAAUGUGAAUUUGGUUAUGCACUCACUACUGGAGAUUCUGUGUUGACCUGUGCACUUGGACCUCGUUGGGAAGGAACUAUGCCUUCAUGUAAAAUUAUUGAAUGUACCGUGUCUGGCUACAAUGAGUUUACUAUACCAUCAGUAACUGAGACUAUUGUACCAACCACUGAAGUCUCCUUUGUGUGUAAGGCUGGGUACCAGUUACCUGUUGGGGAUAUGGGAACCAGAACAUGUCAGAAAGGUGGAACAAUGUCUGCUAGCCCACCAGCCUGUGAAGAUAUCAAUGAAUGCCUGUCAACUCCGUGUCAGAACGGAGCUACAUGUCAUAAUGAAGUGAAUGCUUAUAGUUGUACAUGUAUGCCUGGGUACCAAGGAACAAAUUGUGAAUCAGAAAUACCAUGUACAACACCAGGAAGUGUCUUGCAUGCCAGUGCAAGUGUCUCUGGAUUAGCUGUUGGUCAGACUGUUACAUAUACAUGUGACUUUGGUUAUGCUCAUACCAGUGGCGAUUCUGUGUUGACCUGUGAAGUAGGACCGUCCUGGAGAGGAAUUGUACCAACAUGUUCUAUUAUGAAAUGUGCAGCUCCUGGAAUAAACCAGUUUACAGUUACAUCCACUAAUACUGAUGUUGUGCCAAGUACAGAAGUGACAUACACAUGUGAAUUUGGUUACCAGUUACCAGCUGGAGAUUUGGGAACCAGAAUAUGUCAGCUCGGUGGUACAUGGCCAGCACAUCCACCAGCAUGUGAAGUUACAAAAUGUUCAGCUCCUGGAAUAAAUGAGUUUACAAUUACAUCCACUAAUACUGAUGUUGUGCCAAGUACAGAAGUGACAUACACAUGUAAAUUUGGUUACCAGUUACCAUCUGGAGAUUUGGGAACCAGAAUAUGUGAGCUCGGUGGUACAUGGCCAGCACCUCCACCAGCUUGUGAAGUUACAAAAUGUUCAGCUCCUGGAAUAAAUGAGUUUACAAUUACAUCCACUAAUACUGAUGUUGUGCCAAGUACAGAAGUGACAUACACAUGUGAAUUUGGUUACCAGUUACCAGCUGGAGAUUUGGGAACCAGAAUAUGUCAGCUCGGUGGUACAUGGCCAGCACUUCCACCAGCAUGUGAAGUCACGAAAUGUUCAGCUCCUGGAAUAAAUGAGUUUACAAUUACUACCACUAAUACUGAUGUUGUGCCAAGUACAGAAGUGACAUACACAUGUGAAUUUGGUUACCAGUUACCAGCUGGAGAUUUGGGAACCAGAAUAUGUCAGCUUGGUGGUACAUGGUCAGCACCUCCACCAGCAUGUGAAGUUACGAAAUGUUCAGCUCCUGGAAUAAAUGAAUUUACAAUUACAUCCACUAAUACUGAUGUUGUGCCAAGUACAGAAGUGACAUACACAUGUGAAUUUGGUUACCAGUUACCAGCUGGAGAUUUGGGAACCAGAAUAUGUCAGCUGGGUGGAACAUGGCCAGCACCUCCACCAGCAUGUGAAGUCACGAAAUGUUCAGCUCCUGGAAUAAAUGAGUUUACAAUUACAUCCACUAAUACUGAUGUUGUGCCAAGUACAGAAGUGACAUACACAUGUGAAUUUGGUUACCAGUUACCAGCUGGAGAUUUGGGAACCAGAAAAUGUCAGCUUGGUGGUACAUGGCCAGCACCUCCACCAGCAUGUGAAGUUACAAAAUGUUCAGCUCCUGGAAUAAAUGAGUUUACAAUUACAUCCACUAAUACUGAUGUUGUGCCAAGUACAGAAGUGACAUACACAUGUGAAUUUGGUUACCAGUUACCAGCUGGAGAUUUGGGAACCAGAAAAUGUCAGCUCGGUGGUACAUGGCCAGCACCUCCACCAGCAUGUGAAGUUACAAAAUGUUCAGCUCCUGGAAUAAAUGAGUUUACAAUUACAUCCACUAAUACUGAUGUUGUGCCAAGUACAGAAGUGACAUACACAUGUGAAUUUGGUUACCAGUUACCAGCUGGAGAUUUGGGAACCAGAAAAUGUCAGCUCGGUGGUACAUGGCCAGCACCUCCACCAGCAUGUGAAGUUACAAAAUGUUCAGCUCCUGGAAUAAAUGAGUUUACAAUUACAUCCACUAAUACUGAUGUUGUGCCAAGUACAGAAGUGACAUACACAUGUGAAUUUGGUUACCAGUUACCAGCUGGAGAUUUGGGAACCAGAAUAUGUCAGCUUGGUGGUACAUGGCCAGCACCUCCACCAGCAUGUGAAGGUAAGAACUAUUUACCAAUCAUCAUCAUUUGAAGGUAGGGAUCAUUACUUUUGUCUUUUUUUAUAAAUUGUCUUUUGUGCUAAACACUUUCCCAGCUGAUUGAACUGAUCUAUGCAUUUCUAUGACAUUAUCAAACCUCUAGUACCAAUGCCACAGUACCUAUCUAUCAAACUUCUGGCAAUAUGAUGUGAGAACUGGAAAUAUGUCAUUGCAGGUGAGUUUCCAACAGUUCGAUGACUUGAAACUCAAUAGAUCUGCUUUAUCAAGUUGCAGAUCUAUUUGUUCCAAACCCUGUACAUCAGACCUAGAAUGAUCUUCAAUUGUUGAAAUUGUUGUUACAUUAUUUUGUCCUUCCAUAAGACACCAGAUAUGACUACUUUUGAAAGAACUUCAUGCCCCCCCUAGUAUUGAGACCAAUAGGGUUAUACUGUGGAUUCAUUUCUUUUAGUGGAUACCAACUUUCAUGGAUUGAGAAAACUAGCAUAUUGGUAGAUAUUUAAAUUCAUGGUUUUGGCAAUAUUGAUAAUUUGAUAUUAGUUGAACAUUUAAAUUGGUGGUUCCCAUGUACCAACGAAGUUCACAAAACUUUGUAUCCAACGAAUAUUAAUGAAUCCAAAGUAACAUAAAAUCUGUUUUUGCAGACCUUUCUACUUGCUGCAAUUUGAUAGGUAUCAAACAGGUUUUGGAACAGUUUUUGUGAAGAAAAGAAAUUGUCAACAUAUAAAUAGUAAACCUGCUUAACAAUAUCAGCCCCCUCUAUACAUUUUUUUACAACAUGUUCACCAAACUGGCCUUGUGGUCUUUCAGGUUUUCCUGUAUAAACAUCUGUAUAGCAGACUUCUUUUCAAGUUAAUAAAGUUCUAUUUUUCCAAACACAUAUACAUCGAUGGUCACAAUAAAUCAAGAGAACACACAGAUGUACAUCUAUGGUCAUAAUAAAUCAAGAGAACAAAUCAAACUAAUAUACAAUACAAAUACAGAGUGUAAUCUGCAAUACAAGAAACCAUAUAACUGGUUAAGGAGAGAUAACUCUCUUAAAAGUAUGUUAACUUAACCAAACCUCUUGACCAUACCAAACAGACAUAUAACAUUUUAAUCUGCUAAUAGAUAUAUGAUAAUGCCAAUAUCUGUAUACCCCAUUUAGUUGUUUUGGCUGGCAUAUAUUGUUUGAAUUUGACCCUUCCUUUGAACAGGAAGAUACUUUCUACUAUUGA